AUGCGGAGUUGUGUCGGUCUGCGGUUCCUCCUUACCUGUGCGGUGCUGUUCUGUGGUUCUGGCCCGGCGGACUCCAGGCCACACCUGGGUGAGGACGGGACACAGGGGAGUGAUCAGCUGGAGGCUGUGAAGCGGGCCAUCCUGGAGUUGCUGCGGAUCGAGGGCCCCCCGUGGGAGACCCGGGAGGAGGUGUCCGAGCAGGAGCUGAGGAAGAUGCGCCUCCUGUAUCAGGAGGAGCUGCGGAGGCUCCAGGGGAACUCCAGCCAGCCCACAGAGCUCCGGGACUCCUCCGUCAGUAACCCCAGCACGCUUCUCCCAGCGCAGGUGACGGCGGUGCUGACGGCCAGGGUGCGGGCGUCUGGGCGCGGGGUGCGGACGGAGAGCUUCAGGGCCACGUUCCGCAGGAGCCAGGUGAUCAGGAAGGAGCUGGACCUGGUGCGUGCGGAGCUGCGGGUCCGCAGACGGCUCCUCUCCGGGCCUCCCUCCGGCUGGGCCGAGCCCCCACUGCAGCUGCACGUCAAGGUGCAGGAGACGGGCGGCUGGAGCACCCCGAUGCUGGGGAGUCCGGUCCCCACAAACACCUCAGACUCCGCCAGCUGGACGCUGGACGUCAGAGCUGUCACUGAGCAGUGGAGGGCAGGAGCAAGCGCCCCGCUGGUGCUGGACGUGGAGUUUGUGAGGGGAACGGGGCGACGUGUUUGGGCUGCCCCGGAGAUCUCCUUGGAGGUUGAAACACGGGAUGCCGGACGGGAGCAAGGGGGGAGACGGCACCCCCGAUCGGCAGGGGACAGGGAGGAGGGGUGUGAGAGGGAGGACAGGUGCUGUCGGAGGUCCAUGCUGGUCUCCUUCAAGGACAUCGGCUGGUCGGACUGGGUGGUGGCCCCCGAAAGCUACACCAUGUACUUCUGCGACGGAACCUGUCCCCACAACUACAAGCCGGCCGGCAUGCACACGCAGGUGAAGUCCCGGCUGCACCACAUGACCAAGGGGGCCACACCGCGGCCCUGCUGCGUGCCGGCGGCCUACGAGCCCAUGGUGCUUAUGCACCACGACAGCCGUGGCAAGCUCACCAUCACCCCCUUCAACAACAUGAUUGUCAGCAAGUGCCACUGCGCCUGAGCCGUCUCCCCUGGCGACGGCGGGCGCAGGGGGACUCCUUUGUC